GGCCCGAGGCCCAGCUCCUCACUGCACUGCCCAGAGGCCCUGUCUUGACUCCUGCCAGCCUCCGGGUUCCUGCAGUGCCGAAGCUGAACAUGGACGUCACCAUCCAGCACCCCUGGUUCAAGCGCGCGCUGGGGCCCUUCUACCCCAGCCGGCUGUUUGACCAGUUCUUCGGCGAGGGCCUCUUUGAGUACGACCUGCUGCCCUUCCUGUCAUCCACCAUCAGCCCCUACUACCGCCAGUCCCUCUUCCGCACCGUACUGGACUCUGGCAUCUCUGAGGUCCGAUCUGACCGGGACAAGUUCGUCAUCUUCCUGGAUGUGAAGCACUUCUCCCCGGAAGACCUCACUGUGAAGGUGCAGGAGGACUUUGUGGAGAUUCAUGGCAAGCACAACGAGAGGCAGGAUGACCAUGGCUACAUUUCCCGCGAGUUCCACCGCCGCUACCGCCUGCCUUCCAACGUGGACCAGUCGGCUCUCUCCUGCUCCCUGUCUGCUGACGGCAUGCUGACAUUCUCCGGCCCCAAGAUCCAGUCCGGCCUGGACGCCGGCCACAGCGAGCGAGCCAUCCCCGUGUCACGGGAGGAGAAGCCCAGUUCCGCGCCCUCGUCCUAAGCAGGCCUUGGCCUCGGCUGCCACCCCCUGCAGCCCCCGACCCAUCCAUCCGGGGGACCACGGAAAAGGCGUGGUGUUUGUCUUCCUUGCUUUCCUUUUUCGUUUCCUUCUCAUCUUCUCAGAUGGAUGAGG